AAUUUACAGUAGGUACAAAGACACAGAAACCUAUUAUCCUAUAUCAAUCCAAAAUCCUACUUCCUAAGGAAGAAUGGUAUGGCAAAAAAAAGAUCAUGAGUGAGUUUAAUAUAAUAUUAAUAUUAAUAAAUAUAUAUAUAUAUAUGCGCGCGCGUGUGUGUGUGUGUGUGUGUGUGUGCGUGUUUAUGUUUCAAUAAAUAUUUUCUUGUGCAACUUCUUCUUCAGCUUAAUAUUCACUAUUUAUUUAUAAAAAUAUGAAUUUAUUAUUGCUGAAAUAAUAAUAAUAAUAAUAAUAAAAUGGAAGGCAACAUGCAAGACAGUGCACAAAUGCAAUGAAACAAAUUGAGAUAAAUCAAAAAAGUAUUACCAAUACAGAAUGUGGCUGUUGCGAAAAAUAUAAGAAUUCUAUUAAACCCACAGAUUCGCUAGAAGUAUUGUAUAUACGAGUGAACCAACGAUAACCGAGAUAUGUGUAAGAAAAGUUAUAUGAAAAUACUGAAGAAAAUGUACUCUAUUCAUAACUAUGAAUUAUUUUCAACAAGAAAUACCCCCAUAAACAUCCACGUCGAAAUAUAAAAAUGAUACGUAAUAAUACCGUGCUAUAUAAUGUAAUACAACGAAUGUGAUUGAUGUCCAAGCUGUUUUUUUUUUUUUUUUUUUUUUUUUUCUUUGAUGCAAUAGAUAAAUGUUCAAAAUAUAACUGUGAUUUAAAGAACGACUAUCGAUUCGACUAUCAUAUCUAAUUUGACAAAUUGCCCAAGAGCUAUUUCUCACAAGGAUAACACAAUUUAGUAUUAUUUACAGACUAUAAUUUUUAUACUGACUGGUAGAAAUUUUGCAGUAUCAAUUUCAUAGAAGAAAAUUACGUAUGGCUAAAGCAAUAUCGAUUGAAAGUCUAUUAUACGUAAAGAAGGAAAAUUGCCAAAUUAUUAUUUCCUUGACACUCUAAAUAACAGUAACAAGUUAUACGAAGUUGAAACUACGAAAUCGAUAUUAAUAUCCAUAGUUUUAGAACGAACUUUUAAAAAAUCAUUCAUUCCAUGAUGGACUUCUUUGAGCAACGAUAUUACGUGUUAAAUAAACGUUUCAUGUCUUAUUUUGGUAUGUGGCCGUUAGAAAAUUCUAUCAAAAGUAAAUUGUUGUUCUAUUUAGUAAUAUUUAUCUUCUUUACUAUGUACGUGCCCGAGAUCAUAAAAGUAGCUGAAAUAGGGAUAACUGAUAUCGAUGCUUUUAUUGAAUGCAUUCCUCCCAUAGUGGUGCUAAAGGGUUCCAUGAUAAAGACUUUCACUGUUGGUUUUCAUAUAGAUCAUUUUCAAGUACUUUUAAAACAUAUUGAAGAAGAUUGGCGAAAUUUAAUAGAUGUUAAAGAAAUAGCAAUUCUUUCAAAAUAUGCUGAAAGUGGCCGGAAAUUUACGAUAUGGUAUAUGUUCUAUAUAACUUUCACAACAUUAUUAUAUCUGUCAUUACCUUUAUCGCCGAUCUUUCUUAACAUUUUAUUUCCGUUAAAUGAAUCACGAAAAAUGGAACUUCUUUUUUGUACGGAAUAUUUUGUUAACGAGGAAGAAUAUUUUAAUGAAAUUUUGUUUUAUGAUUAUGCAAUUACUAUAUUAGUAGUUGCAGUAUUAAUUGCAACUGAUACGAUGUAUAUGAUGUAUUCAGAACAUGCUUGUGGUAUAUUUGCAAUUGUAUGUUAUCGAUUAAAUAAUAUAGGUAAAUGCGAGAAUACAGAAGAAAAAUAUGACAACAAUUUCCUUAAUAAAUCAAAAGAUGAUAAUUAUAACAAAGCACAAGAUGAAAAAAAUUAUCAAGAACUUUCAUUAUGUGUCAAAAGACAUAAACAUGCCAUUGAAUUCGUUGAAUUACUCCAAGCAUGUUAUACAGAAUCUUUAAUAAUACUAUUAAUAGUUAAUGUAGUAGGCAUAAGCAUUACAGGAGUUCAAACUAUAAUCAAUAUACAUAAUUUCUCAGACGUAUUCAGAUUUGGUUUUUUAACAAUAGGUGAAGCAUUUCAUCUUUUUUGCUUGACAUUACCAAGUCAAAGGAUAAUAGAUCACAGUGCUAAAGUAUUUGAAAAUAGUUACAACUCAUGUUGGUACGUGCUUUCCUCGAGAUGCAAAAGAACGCUUAGUUUAAUACUAUUACGUAGUAUGACACCAUGCCAAUUAAUGGCUGGUGGAUUAUAUUCUAUGACAUUAGAGAAUUAUGUUUCGCUAGUUCAAACGGCUAUGUCGUACUUUACGGUAUUAUCAUCAGUACGAUAAGAUCUGUGUAAAAUUGCAACACUAAGCGAAUUUAGAACCAUUACUACAAUUAGAAGUUAUCUAUGUACUAUUGUUAAAUAUUAAUAGUUAAUUGUAAUAAAAGAAUUUAAACGUCAUAAAAAAUUUAUGAGAGGUGUGAGUAAUAUUUAAAUAAACAAACAAAAAAAAACAAACAAAAGAAAAUAUUUAAUAUGAUAUAAGAAAUAACAAGAAUUAGAAGAUGGGAAUAAUGUUUGAGAGAGAGAGAGAGAGAGAGAGAGAGAGAGAGAGAGAGAGAGAGAGAGAGAGAGAGAGAGAGAGAGAGAGCAACGAUUGAUGAAAUGUGUUAAUAUGAAAGCCAUAACGAUUAAUGUAUGUAACUAUCUUUUAUUUUCUUAUCAAUUUUAUUAUCGGACAAAAACACCGGCAGAAGAUAUCCGAGGUCAUGAACUUAUAAUAAAUUGUAAUAUUUCGCGUAUUAUC